AUGGAAAACAGUACCACUACCAUUUCUCGGGAGGAGCUUGAAGAACUAAAAGAGGCAUUUAAUAAAAUAGAUAUUGAUAACAGUGGGUAUGUCAGUGACUAUGAACUCCAGGACCUGUUUAAGGAAGCAAGCCUUCCCCUGCCUGGCUACAAGGUACGAGAGAUUGUGGAGAAGAUUCUAGCAGUUGCUGACAGCAACAAAGACGGCAAAAUCAGUUUUGAAGAGUUUGUGUCACUAAUGCAAGAAUUAAAAAGCAAGGAUAUCAGCAAAACAUUCCGAAAAAUAAUUAACAAGAGGGAAGGGAUUACUGCUAUUGGAGGAACUUCACCCAUUUCCAGUGAGGGCACACAGCACUCUUAUUCAGAGGAAGAAAAGGUGGCUUUUGUGAACUGGAUAAACAAAGCCUUAGAGAAUGACCCUGACUGUAAGCAUCUUUUACCCAUGAAUCCCAAUGAUGGCAGUCUUUUCAAAUCGCUUGCAGAUGGCAUCCUUCUUUGCAAAAUGAUCAACUUAUCUGAACCGGAUACAAUUGAUGAAAGAGCCAUUAACAAGAAAAAGCUCACCCCUUUCACUAUUUCUGAAAAUUUAAACCUAGCCCUGAAUUCUGCCUCAGCCAUUGGUUGUACAGUGGUCAACAUUGGCGCACAAGACCUCAAAGAAGGAAAACCUCACCUGGUCUUGGGACUUCUCUGGCAAAUCAUCAAAGUUGGUCUUUUUGCUGAUAUUGAGAUUUCCAGGAAUGAAGCUUUGAUUGCGUUGCUAAAUGAAAGUGAGGAACUAGAAGAGCUAAUGAAGCUUUCUCCCGAGGAAUUACUGCUGCGAUGGGUGAAUUACCAUCUGACCAAUGCAGGAUGGCGGACUAUCAACAACUUCAGCCAAGACAUUAAGGAUUCAAGAGCUUAUUUUCAUCUGCUAAAUCAGAUUGCCCCUAAAGGUGAACGGGGAGAUGGACCUGCCAUUACCAUUGACCUUUCAGGAUUUAAUGAGAAAAAUGACCUGAAGCGUGCUGGAUUCAUGCUUCAAGAAGCAGAUAAACUGGGCUGCAGACAGUUUGUUACUCCUGCAGAUGUGGUUUCAGGCAAUCCUAAACUUAAUUUAGCUUUUGUAGCUAAUCUGUUUAACACAUACCCAUGCCUACACAAACCUGAUAAUAAUGACAUCGAUAUAAAUUUAUUGGAAGGAGAGAGCAAAGAGGAGAGGACGUUUCGGAACUGGAUGAAUUCCUUGGGGGUCAACCCAUACAUUAAUCAUUUGUACAGUGACCUUGCAGAUGCUAUAGUGAUCUUUCAGCUAUACGAAAUGAUCCGAGUGCCAGUCAACUGGAGCCACGUCAACAAACCUCCUUAUCCUGUUCUUGGAGGGAACAUGAAGAAGAUUGAAAACUGUAACUAUGCAGUGGAACUUGGGAAGAAUAAGGCCAAAUUCUCCUUGGUUGGCAUUGGUGGGCAGGACCUAAAUGAAGGGAAUUCAACACUUACUCUGGCGUUGGUAUGGCAGCUGAUGAGAAGGUAUACAUUGAAUGUGUUAUCAGAUCUUGGAGAGGGUGAAAAAGUAAAUGAUGAAAUUAUUAUUAAAUGGGUCAAUCAGACUCUUAAAAGUGCAAACAAAAAAACUUCUAUUUCCAGCUUUAAGGAUAAAUCUAUUAGCACUAGUUUACCUGUUCUAGAUUUGAUAGAUGCUAUUGCACCAAAUGCCAUUCGUCAAGAAAUGAUCAAGAGAGAAGACUUGUCUGAUGAGGACAAGAUGAACAAUGCUAAAUAUGCCAUUUCAGUUGCUCGAAAGAUUGGUGCCCGGAUAUAUGCGUUACCUGAUGACCUCGUAGAAGUGAAACCAAAGAUGGUUAUGACGGUGUUUGCAUGCUUAAUGGGAAAAGGACUUAACAGAAUAAAAUAAUGAAACAGUUAAUAUGAUUUUCUGCCACAUUAACAUGUUGAA